GAGUGUCUAUGGUUUACUGUAAUCAGUUGCUUGGUGACGAAAAAGCCACGGAGGACUGUUUUCUGAAGCAUCGCUGUUUCUGAAUUAGUUUAAACCCGGAUAAAAGCGGAUAGAGCAGUGUGAACGGAGCUGUUUUAAACCGGAGCGGAGCCUCGGUAACUAAUCCCCCGCUAUGUGACGGAGAGUGUAGCCGCAGAGUCAGCGCUAUGGAGAGCUACGGGUUUAUCAGAGUUGUGGGGAAGGGCAGCUACGGAGAGGUGAAUCUGGUGCAGCACAAAUCAGACCGAAAACAGUACGUCAUUAAGAAGCUGAACCUGAGAACGUCAUCGAAGCGUGAGCGCCGGGCGGCGGAGCAGGAGGCUCAGCUUCUUUCUCAACUCAAACACCCCAACAUCGUCACCUACAGGGAAUCAUGGGAAGGAGACGACUGCCAACUGUACAUAGUGAUGGGUUUCUGCGAGGGUGGUGACCUCUAUCAUCGACUUAAGCAGCAAAAAGGAGAGCUGCUGCCCGAGAGGCAGGUGGUGGAGUGGUUCGUCCAAAUAGCGAUGGCUCUCCAGUAUUUGCAUGAGAAACACAUCUUGCAUCGAGAUCUGAAAACCCAGAACAUAUUCUUGACAAAGACCAACAUUAUCAAAGUUGGAGACCUGGGCAUCGCACGUGUGCUGGAGAACCAGAACGAUAUGGCCAGCACCCUGAUCGGUACACCUUACUACAUGAGUCCUGAGCUCUUCUCCAACAAGCCUUACAACUACAAGUCGGAUGUGUGGGCUUUGGGCUGCUGUGUCUAUGAGAUGUCCACUCUGAAACACGCCUUCAAUGCGAAAGACAUGAACUCGCUCGCAUUCCGAAUCAUCGAGGGAAAGUUGCCGCAGAUGCCGAGUAAGUAUGACCCUCAGCUGGGGGAGCUGAUAAAGCGCAUGCUGUGUAAGAAACCGGAGGACAGACCGGACGUCAAGCACAUUCUGCGGCAGCCGUUCAUCAAACAGCAAAUCGCCAUCUUUCUGGAGGCCACCAAAGAGAAAACUGCCAAAUCUCGAAAGAAGGUGAUGAACAGCAAAUCUAACAGCACUCCUAAUGCCGCAGUUCUUCAGAAACAGGAAAAUUCCCUUCAGUGCCUCAACUCUGAGCCAAAAAGCAGAGGGAAAAAGUCAGAAGAAAAAAUCCUCCAUCAACACAAUGCUGCUAAAGACCCUGUUCCACCAAACGGACCACUGCCCCCUAAACCCCCCAACCAGGAUGCGCUUAACCUGACAGGACAGUCCCUGGCAACCAUCAGCAACAUAAACAUUGACAUCCAACCUCCGGAGCCCAAACCCAACCCGAGGAAAGCGAAACCACCUCGGCCAGUGUCCGCCCACGCGAUCGCGGGCGAGCCACCUUCAGUGUCCAAGCGAAGAGAGAUAGAAAAAAAAGAGAAAGAGGAUCCAUUCAAUCUUCAGCCACACCCCAGGAAACCAAAGGUAUUGGGUGACCACAGCCGAGAGGAUGAACUGUUAUCACACCCAGUCAUACCCCAACUCCCCAAGGGAGACGUACCACCAAAACCCACCGACAGAUUGAGGCAUUAUAAAGAGAAUAAGGCUCCUAAUGGCAAUUUGGCCGUGGAGGAAGACACUCUGAAGCUGCUGCAGCAAGCAGAGAUGGAAAAUAUAGAUACAGAGAUAAAGCUGGAGAACCAGGCCGGUCCACAGGCCUCAGGGGACCACAGAACAGGGGCUGCCCUGAGGGACGUCUCUGCAAAAAGUCAUGCAGCAGAGGGAAGAACAAGUUUGGAGUCCACAGAUAAACUACUUGAGCCAUUUGUUCCAGUAGUUCUCAUGGAGCCUCACAAUCCAGAGCCAGCUCCAGCUCCAUCACAGCGCAGCAAUCCGCCUCUUCAUCCUGCCUCCUCUUCCUCUGAGCCGUCCAUGUCCCGUCAGCGCAGACAGAGAAAGAAGGCUGAAGAUGAUCCCAGCAGAGAGAAAGCAGCGAACUCCAGACCUCUUCCUCCUCUACCUGAACAUGCACCAUCAGUAAACACACAGGCUAAACCUGCAACACACUCUGGAUCUUCCAACAGCCGGCCUGCUCCACAGAAUCGUCUUCUGUCAGCCAGAGAGAGGAGAAGGUUGAGGCAGUCGCAGGAAAACCAGAGUGAACAAGCGGCCCCUGCUGUCAGAAGGGCAUCGUGUGAUGUCUCCUCGUUAGGCUCCGAGCACGCCGACCAGCCCGACUGCCCGAGACCUGCCAGCGUUGCUGUGGUAACACACAAGGAGAGGAAGUCGUCUUGGCGGUCAGACGAGGAGGAGUGCAGUUCUUCUACCAGCUCCACAGAGCGAUCAGAGGGGGAGUACAGAGAGGGGAAGAAUGAGAGCAGCGAGAUGCAGGAUCUGGUGCAGAUGAUGACGCAAACAUUGCGAAUGGACUUCCGAGACGUUUCACAGUCCAACUCUACACUGCUCCCAGAGUUCAAACUCAACAGGAAGUACAGAGACACGCUGAUGCUUCACGGGAAGGCCUGCGAUGGAGAGGUGGACUUUCACAUUAAAGACUUUCCCUCAGAAGAUUCUUCAGGACCAGCAAAGAUCAGGAGAGCUGUGGAACACCUGCGCACGGACGUGGUUAAAGGACUUGGAGUCAAACUGCUGGAUAAAGUCCUAGAGAUCAUGCAGGAGGAGGAUGAGGAAAAGAGGGAGGUCCUGCUCCGCCAGCAGAUGGGGGAGGAGAAGUACAAGACGUAUGCUGUUAUGGUGCGGCAACUAAAGUUCUUUGAGGACGUCGCUUUCAAGCACUGAACCUGAUAAAGCGAAGAAGCACUCCAGCAAACAAACAGAAACAAACACUGAUUAUGUCUCCACUUUUAAUUAAGAACAUCUGAAAUGUUGAGUCGAAGGCUGUGGAAAACUGCUGUUACAUGUUGAUGCCUUUCUACGUCUGCAUUGAUCAAAUGCACGAUGUUGUUAUAUAUGCAAUUCAUCUAAUUACUGCUCAUUUGGGCCAUGUGAUUCUGAUUAUUCAUGUAUUUGUUCCCAUGUAUUUGAAAUGUAUUUGUGAGCAUUAUUGUAAACUUCACCGGAAUCUGAUAUGAUAGAAAUAUGAGAGAGAAGUUUUUUUUUUUUUUUUUUACUUUUUGCACUGUACAUUAUGUUUCUAAGAGAAUAAAUGUAGACUGAUUAAUAUAGAAAAUAUAGUUUUGGAUGUAGCAUUAAAUUCUAUAAUGCGAAGUUAGAAUGUAAGAAUGAAGAAUCUUCUGUAUUAAAACAGAUUUGUUAUUUAACGUGAA